GAGGAUCAGAGCACCACACAUCAAAGUUCAGUAAAAGUGGCACCCCAACCAGGGGCGGACUGACAACUCAUGGGGCCCCCGGGCAAUAGAGGAUCAUGGGGCCCCCUGUGUCCUUGCUCAAACUCAAAAAAGCCUAUGAAAAAGGUACCAGGGGCAUCUCAUGGGGCCCCCUACUGGCCCUGGGCCCUCGGGCAGUGCCUGAGUUUCCAAAUGGUCAGUCCACCCCUGACCCCAACAAACAAAGGUAAUGCACCUGUGUUGUAGUGCGGUGCAUUGC